UUUUUUUUUUUCUUUUUAAAUUAAAAAUUUCUAUUUUGUUUUUAAUUUUUAAUUUUCUAUUUUGUUUUAUGUUGUUUUUAUGUAUACACAAAAUAAAAGUAAUAGUAUUAUUAUUAUUAUUAUUCUAUAAUAAUAAUAAUAAUAAUAAUAAUAAUAGAAUAAAUUAUUAAAUACACUUUUAAAAGUGAUAAUAAAAUUGUUGCAGUUAGAAUAUAAAUUAUAUACAUAAAUUAUAUUUUCUAUAGCGAUAGUUGUAUCAAAUUAUAUAAUACAAAAAUAUAAUAAUAAAAAUAUUAAUCAAAAAAACUUUUUAAAUUUAUUUAUUUAUUUAUUUAUUUAUUUAUUCUUUCAAUUUGUAAUAAAAAAAGAAAAAACACACAAUAGUAUUUUAUAUAUGUAUUAAAAAUAAAGUAGAACAACAAAAUUCAAUAAAAACAAAAGAAACAGAAAGGUCAAUUAUUUUUUUAUUUUUUUUUUUUUAAUAAAAGAGAAACAAUUAAAAAAAUGGAGUAUAUUAAAGAGGUAGAUGUUGGAGCAUUCAGCAAAUAUCAAUUUGGUGAAUCAGUUGGUAAAGGUGCAUUCGGUAAAGUAUUUAAAGCAUUAAAUACUGAAACUGGUGAUUUUUGUGCCAUUAAACAAAUUGAAAAGGGCAUGAUAUCAGAAAAACAACUACCAGCAAUUUUACACGAAAUCAAAUUACUUCAAACACUUCAACACCCAAACAUUGUUAAAUUUAUUGAAUCACACGAAACACCAAGAUAUUUAUAUUUUGCAUUAGAGUUUAUCGAAGGUGGAUCUUUAGCAAAAAUUACAAAAAGAUAUGGUUGUUUUCAAGAGCCAUUACUCAGUAGAUAUAUUAAUCAGGUUUUAAAAGGUUUAGCAUAUUUACAUGACAAGGGUGUAAUUCACAGAGAUAUUAAAGGUGAUAAUAUAUUAAUUACAAAAGAAGGUGUUAUCAAAUUAGCAGAUUUUGGAUCAUGUACCUAUUCAGCAAUUGAUAGAAAACUAACUGUUGUUGGAACACCAUUUUGGAUGGCACCAGAAGUUAUUCAAAUGGAUAUGAAUGCAAGAAGUACAGCAUGUGAUAUUUGGUCAUUAGGUUGCACAUUAUUGGAAUUGUUAACAGGUAAUCCACCAUAUUGGGAUUUAGGUACAAUGCCAGCAAUGUUUGCAAUGGUCAAUAACCAACAUCCACCUAUUCCACAAAAUAUUUCACCAGAUUUAAAGAAUUUUCUUAUGGCAUGUUUUGUUAGGGACAUUAAUAAGAGACCAACUGCAGCAAUGCUUUUAGAACAUCCCUGGAUUAAAUUACAUUAUCAUGAAUCACCAGAACCAAAAUCAAAAUCAGGAUCAAAAUUAUCAUUAAGUACCUAUGUCGAUGGUUAUUCAGAUCUUGAAUCAAGUGAAGGUGAAACUUCGGCAGAUAGUGAAAUCGAUCUUAAAGAACGUAUACACAUUUUAGAAUCACAAAAAAAAGAAAUGGCAGAAACUAUUAAGAGACUGAAAGUACAUUUCUUAAGAGCAAUGAAAGAAAAGAAAAUAAUGAAGGAUAUGAUCGCACAACUUGUAAAUGAAAGAGACAGCUAUAUGGUUAAAUUAGGUCUUACACCACCACCACUUCCCACAAUUUUAACAAAUACAACUUCACACACACCUACUAGAGCAGCCUUGGAACAUGCAAACGAAAUGUUAUCAAAAGAAGGCAGUCACCUUAAUCUUUUAUCACCAAAUUCACCAAACUCACCACAUGACUCAAAACAUACAAGAUCAUCAUCUGCACCACUAUCAGCUCAAGCUAAAAUCAUUGCUGGCCAUUCACCAGCUCUUUCAAAUGCCAGUGCAUCUGCCUCCACAGGUAUGAUGAUGAACCAAAAUAGAGAAAGACUUCCUUCAUCAAUUUUAACAAAUGAUUUCUUUCAUCCACCAGAAGAGGGCUUUGAUGACGGUCAUUCCCCAUCCAACGAUUCAUUUUUGAACGAUCAUUUUGAAAAAAAUGUUAAAAUCUCCUCACCAUCAUCAUUAUCUAAAAACUCAAGACAUCAUACUAGUACACCAGACUCUCACCAAUCACCAACACCAAUCGCAUCCUCAUCAUCAUCAUCAAAUCAAAAUUUAGGGGGUUAUUACUCAUCAAGCAGUAAUCUUCACAUGUACAGCAAUAUUAACAAUAACAACAAUAAUAAUAUAAAUAAUAGUAACAAUGUAGAUAUGUAUUUAAGAACAUCAGGUGAUAAAAUACAAUCACCACAGUCACAGCCAGUAUCUCUUAGUGGUGCUUUAUCAUUUGGAGAAAAUACGGGCACACAACCAAUAGCAAUCGGUGGUAAUAGUUUGAAAUCAAAAACAAAUGGAAAGCCGGUACUACAAAAAGAACUCUCAAAUAAAUCUUUAAAUAACUCUGGCAUUAGCGCAACUGCAUCUCCAAGUAGAAAAAUCUCAAAUUCAGAUACUCACCUCUCAACCACACCACCAAGAAAAUCAUCACAACCAGUAGCACCAAGUUUUUCACUUUUAAAUCAAUCUCUUGAUAGAAAUAUAAGUACGAGUGGUACCAACGGUGGUACACCUAAUAGUAAUAGUAAUAGCAUACACGACAGUGCUGAUGAAUACGAUGAAGAGACCGAUUUCAUUGAAGACGAUCCAUCAAACAAUAAUAGCAGUAAUAAUAGCAGUAAUAGCAACACUGUACCAAAAGUAGAAUCAGUUGUCGUAAAUGUUCAACCACCAAGAGUUGGUGAUGAAUGUAAAGUAAAAUGUGGCGAUGGUUGGUAUGAUGCUAUUGUCGAUUUAGUUAGCGGCUCGACAUUUGUUGUUACAAUCAAACCUUUUAACAUUAAAAGAGAAGUUUCUCACUCUGAUGUUACUUUAGCUCCUUUACAAUUCCCAGUUAUAGUCACAAAGAAAAAGAAAUUUAGUUUAUUUGGCAAAAAUAAAUCAUAAAAAAAAAAAAAUAAUUAUAAUAUUUUUAUAUAAUCAU